AAGACGUGCAGCAGCAGGGAUGCUGAGCCAUCUCCGAGCUCGCAGCAGGAGUCUGUUCUCCAGCUACAAACCCGAAGCUGUCAAAGAGCCGCUGGACCCGCUGGACCUGAUCAACGCCUUCGUGAAGCCAUGGAACUCCAUGCAGGACCUGAGCCGAGACAUCUACGACCUUUACGCCGAGUAUGAAGACGAGGAGGUGGAGGAUCGCCUGCCUGUGUCUCCAUCCCGCCUGCUCCUCUCUCCAACCAAACAUUUCACUCUCAACAUCAACGUCGGAGGAACGGUUUACCACCUGCCCUACAGGCUGGCUGCCAGAUAUCCGAAGACGCGGAUCGGCCGCCUGGCCACGUCCACGGACCACAGCAGGAAGCUGGACCUGUGCGACGACUACGUGGUCCAGAGCAACGAGUUCUUCUUCGACCGGGACCCCCAGAUCUUCCACAACAUCUUCAACUUCUACAGAACCGGGGUGUUGUGGAUUAAAGACGAGCUGUGUCCUCGCAGCUUUCUGGAGGAGAUCAACUACUGGGGCGUCCGGAUCAAGAACUGCCAGCGCUGCUGCCGCAUCUCCUUCGAGGAGCGGCAGGACGAGCUGAACGAGCAGCUGAAGAUACAGAGUCAGCUGCUGCUGGAGGUCGGCCCGCUGGUGGAGAAGGAGGAGGACGAGGCCGUGUUCCAGGGCAUGCUCUACGGGCCGGUCCGCCGGAGGAUCUGGAACCUGAUGGAGAAGCCCUUUUCCUCCAUCCCCGCCAAGCUGGUGGCCGUGGCCUCCUCCAUGUUCGUGCUGGUGUCGCUGGUCGCCAUGACGCUGAACACCGUGGACGAGAUGCAGUACAAGACGGCGUCGGGCCAGCCCAGCGGCCGGUUCUACGGCGAGCACGUGGAGAGCUUCUGCAUCACCUUCUUCACCGUGGAGUACCUCCUGCGCCUGGUCUCCACCCCGGACAUCAGGUGUUUCGGACGCAGCGUGCUGAACACGGUGGACCUGAUCGCCAUCCUGCCGCACUACCUGCAGACGGUCCUGGAGUGCUUCGAGGACGAGGACAUCCACCCCAACUCCGGAGACAUCGAGACCGUCGGGCGUGUGGGAAAGGUGGGUCAAGUUUUAAGGAUCAUGCGCCUGAUGAGGAUCUUCCGGAUCUUGAAGUUGGCUCGUCACUCGACGGGCCUGCGGGCCUUCGGCUUCACUCUGAGGCAGUGCUACCAGCAGGUGGGCUGCUUGCUGCUCUUCAUCGGAAUGGGCAUCUUCAUGUUCUCAGCCAUGGUGUACACCGUGGAGCACGACGUUCACAACACCAACUUCACCUCCAUGCCCGACGCCUGGUGGUGGGCCGCAGUGAGUAUUUCCACCGUGGGCUACGGCGACAUGGUCCCAGAAACCAACCUGGGCCGCCUCUUCGCCUUCGCCUGCAUCGCCUUCGGCGUCAUCCUCAACGGGAUGCCCAUCUCCGUGCUCUACAACAAGUUCUCGGACUACUACACCAAGCUGAAGGCUCACGAGUACACGGCGGUCACCAAGGCACGCGGGAAGGUGCACUUUGCCAGAAGGGCGGCCAAAAGGUUCACGGAGUACCGUGAUGAUGCCGGGCAGCCCAGGCCGCACUGAGGCCAGGAGGGGGGAGGAUUUUGCAGUCAGGAGUCGGAUCCCGAUGUACUUUCCUCUAAACUGCUGAGAAGUCAGAAAGUGAAGUUUCUGGUUCUGCUGGAGUCACCUUCACCCAGACGGUUUGGACUUCGACUCUCGGUACUCGGUACCUCUCUUUUUGGGCUUUUCCUGUUCAGAACACACCGUAUCACGAAUCAGUGUCUCCCUGAAGAGAGA